GUGCUUAAGCUGUCUCUGGUGCCUCUAGUCACUCUACAAAUAAGCCACGUAAAGCCUUUGAGUCUAAGCUGGCUUCAGCUCUGGUAAGUCUCCAGGCUUCUUUUCAUCAAGAGGGGUAGUCUGUGGCUGCCUGGGGCAAUGGUAGCUCUUUCUGCUUCCCCAGCAAUGCCAGACAAUAAACAAACCCACUCUAAUGCUUAGUCGCAAGAUGGCAAUCAAUAUGGUGGGGAGUGUGUACAUACGAGACGAUGAUGUGGUAGUCGAGGUUGGUGAUGGUGGUGGUAGUGUUGGAGGAGGUGGGAGAGGAAGUAGAAAAGAUGGAGGGGGAGGGGAGGAAGACGCACAGUCAUUCCUUUAUGGGGUUUGAUAUUCAUAGAUCACUUAUUGUAAAUCUUGUGUUUGUUGAUGUGGAUCUUGGUUUGUGGGCUAAUGGAGCUUGUUCUAAUUAUUGUUUACUUGUUUUGAUUAUUAUUGUCAAUGUAAUAUAAACUUCAUAUCACUUGAGAUAAAUCUUGUAUUUGUAACUAUAAUAAGUUUUAUUUUUAUUGUAAUUGGGUUUGAUGUAGAUCUUGUGCUUGUGUGGGUUAAUGAAUGUGUUUUUGAUUU